ACAAAUAGUUCACUAUUCCAUAAAAAUUAUUAUUUUAUGUCUACGAUUCGUGUACAUUGUACUACUUGUGGAGAUAGAGUAGGAAAAGCCCUACCCUGCUCACUGCUCACUGCUCAGCCUCUGCUCAUCUAAAGAGCCAAAGGGCAACCCCUCCCUUCCAAAUCUGAAAUCCAAACCCUUCCCAGCAAAAAAGCUGCAGAAAUCAAAGAAUCAAACGCAACCCAUUGAUGAGAUGAGAGAUCCUUCCCUCAGUUUCACCAAAACCCACUUCUCAUAACCCCCCCAAAAAAAAACCUGCCAUGAUUUGAUUUAUCAACACCGGCCGCCCCAAAUGGGUUUUGCCUCAAAACCCUUUUCCUUUCUCCUUCUUCUCUCUCUGAUUUUCUGUACCAAUCUUGAGCUCAUCCCAGUUGCUGAAUCUGCCAAUGACUACACAGCGUUGGUCUACAAGGGGUGUGCGAAGCAGUCCUUUUCAGAUCCAACUGGGGUUUACGCCCAGGCCCUCUCAGCCCUCUAUGGUUCCCUGGUUUCACAGGCCACAAAGGCCAGGUUCUCCAAGACCACCUCCGGCAGCGGCCAAACCACCAUAUCCGGUCUCUUCCAAUGCAGAGGGGACCUUAGCAAUUCUGAAUGCUACACCUGUGUCAGCAAACUGCCCCAGAUGACCGAAAGUCUGUGUGGCAAAACCAUAGCCGCGAGAGUCCAGCUCUUUGGCUGCUACAUUCUCUAUGAGGUUUCUGGGUUUACUCAGAUUUCAGGCAUGGAGUUGCUGUUCAAGACGUGCGGGGCAACAACCGUGGCCGGAAGUGGGUUUGAGGAGAGGAGGGACACUGCGCUUUCGGUGCUGGAAAACGGCGUCGUUAGCGGCCACGGGUUCUACACCACGAGCUAUGAAGCCAUGUAUGUUUUGGGCCAGUGUGAGGGGGAUUUGGGUGACUCCGAUUGUGGAGAGUGCGCGAAGACCGCCGUGGAAAAGGCUCAGGUUGAAUGUGGGAACGCUAUUUCCGGCCAAAUCUAUCUUCAUAAGUGCUUCAUUAGCUAUAGUUACUAUCCCAAUGGGGUUCCCACAAGAUCAACUUCAUCCUCCUCCUCCUCCUCCUCCUCCUCAUCAUCAUCUUCAUCAGGGGGUAAUACAGGAAAGACAGUGGCUAUAAUAUUAGGAGGGGCAGCUGGAGUGGGGUUUGUAGUAAUUUGCCUACUGUUUGCUAGAAGUUUACUGAGGAAACAUGAUGAUUUUUGAUAGGAGAUGGGUUCUAGAAAGAAGCAAAAAGUUGUUCUGAGGUAGAAUUUUUUCUACAAUAUUAUUUUUUGUUUUUAGGUAAAAGGAGAUGGGUUUUUGUGGUGAAUAUAAGUGGCACACAGAGAGAGAGAGAGAGAGAGGUGUUUAUUCUUACUUGUUACAGUUGGUUAAGAAUUUUAUAAGAAGGGGAUUAAGCAAUUAGGGCAUGAAAAGUAAGAAGGUUUUUUUCACAAAAAGUGAAAGGGGGGGGGGGGGGGUAGGAAUGAAUGUUUUGUCAUUUUGGGUGGAAGAACAAGAAAUUCAGUGGGCUCAUGGGAUUUGGCCUUUUUUUUUUUUUUUUUUUUUUUUUUUCUUUUUUAUAAGAUCCCGCCAUACCCAUGUGAUGUGGGCGUUUCUUUGUUUUUCCCCUCCUCUCUAGAUUAAUGCACCUCUCUAUUUUCUUCUUA